CCUCCCCCUCAGACCGAGGAGGAAGAGGAAGGAGGCGGAGGCGGUCGUGGUCGUGGAGUGAGGGGGGGAUUUGUAUACCGUCGGUCCUUCCCGUGUGGUUGUUCCCGACCAUGGCGAUGGACACCAGCGGCAAGGAGAAGGAGGCGCUGCAGCUCCUCGCCGAAGCCGAUAAGAAAGUCCGAGGCUCCCACGGUUUUUUCUCGGGGCUNNGUAGUGGUGGAUCGUCCAGGGUUGAAGAAGCAUGUGACAUAUACGCAAGAGCGGCCAAUAUGUUUAAAAUGGCCAAAAACUGGAGUGCUGCUGGCAAUGCCUUCUGCCAGGCUGCUCAGCUGCACCUCCAGCUACAGAACAAGCACGACGCUGCCAUGAGCUUUGUGGAUGCGGGGAAUGCCUUCAAGAAGGCCGAUCCUCAAGAGGCUAUUAACUGUCUCCUUAGAGCUAUUGAGAUCUAUACAGACAUGGGUCGUUUUACUAUUGCAGCCAAGCACCACAUAACAAUAGCAGAGAUUUAUGAGUCGGAGCUGGUGGACAUCGAAAAGGCAAUAGCCCAUUAUGAACAAGCAGCAGAUUAUUAUAAAGGCGAAGAAUCGAACAGCUCGGCUAACAAGUGCUUGUUGAAAGUGGCCACCUACGCAGCUCAGCUAGAGCAGUACCAGAAGGCGAUUGAGAUUUAUGAGCAGGUAGGCACCAGCGCCAUGGACAGCCCCCUGCUGAAGUACAGUGCGAAGGAAUACUUCUUCAAGGCCGCGCUUUGCCACUUCUGCAUCGACAUGCUCAAUGCCAAGUUGGCUGUACAGAAAUAUGAAGAAAUGUUUCCGGCUUUUUCAGACUCCAGAGAAUGCAAACUGGUUAAAAAAUUGUUGGAUGCUCACGAAGAACAGAACAUUGACAGCUACACCGAAUCAGUGAAGGAAUACGACUCCAUCUCUCGCCUGGACCAGUGGCUCACCACCAUGCUCCUGCGCAUCAAGAAGACCAUACAGGGGGAAGAGGAGGACCUGCGCUAAGCGCCCAACGCACUGACCCCUCUUGCCGCUCAUCUGCAGAUCGUUGCACGGAUCGGCUCAGGGGGAGGAGGGGGCCUUGGCACCAAGCGACUGGACUCGAAUUGGCAAAUGGUUUAUUACCGACACCCUUUCUCAUCCACCCGUUCCCUGCCACCAUCUCGUGCUGCCGAAAACAGGGCUGGGCAGUGUCACUUCCGGACUAACUCCGCUUGGAGACAGAUGAAGGCUUUAAUUCGAAGUUCUCCUCCCUUUUUC